AUGGCACCUGAGUGUCUUAAAUCCACAGCUGGUGCCACAGAAAAAAGUGACGUAUGGUCAUUUGGAAUUGUGCUUUGGGAAAUAUUCUCUUUCGGUUUGUUCAGAUAUAUUGCAGGUGAUAGCCCAUAUGGUAAUAUAAGAGGGCGAGAACUCCCGGCAAAGCUGAAAGGCGGUUAUAGACUACCACAACCUGAGCAAUGUGAUGACAAAUGGUACAGUGUUAUGAAGCAGGCUUGGUCAGAAGAUCCGAAGAAAAGACCUGGCUUCGAAGAGAUAAGGAAUACACUGGAUGUAAUAUUCGUGGCUGCGCCAACAGAUGACUACUACUACUACAGAAAGUAG